UAAUCAGGCAAAUAGAAGCUUGCUGUUGUGCAGUGCACAGACACUACUUUCCAGGAGGCAGAGAGCAAUGCUCAGUCUACUGACAGGCGAGCCAGCAGACCGACAAGAAGUCAGGACAUAUUCUCAUACCACUCACAGACGGUAACACCACGAGUGGGUCUUCUGAAGCCCACUUUCACUCUCCUGGGUGUGAUUGCUUCUGAAUGCACAUUUAACCUCCUCUACUGCUGGCAGUGAAGACCUGCAGAUGCACUCAACCACAGGCUUACUCUUCAACCCUGCAUCUGUCUCAAUACUCACACCAAAGCUGUACCCGCGGGAGGAGGAUACACAUGUUUUAUUGACAGAGAUACAGGUGGUUUGAGUUUGAGCUGCUGGUGUACUGGAAGGGUUUUUUCCUGUGUGGUAAGCUGUGGUGUCUUUGGAGCCAGUAUGUUGCCUAUUGUUGUGGCAUGUUUGGUAUUCAUCCUGCUGGGCUUGGGGCAGGCUCAGGUUGCCACACAGGCUCAAGGGCAGAGCGGGAGUCAAGGCCAGGGGCAGGACAGCUCUGCCACCCCUUGGAGACAGGUGAUUCAGUGGGAGAACAAUGGCCGGGUAUUUAGCCUGCUGAACAGUGGCGCUGAAUAUGUCCCUCCUCGGGCAGGGUCCCAGGACAGAGGUCCCAGGGUGGUUGUAGCAGAUUCCCGUGUACGUUCUUCUCGUAGACCUCAGGGAGGUAAUGUCCGCCGGCAGGCUCCAUCAAGAGGAUCCUCUGAGACUGUUCGUGGGCAGGCAAGGCAUCCUUUUGGCUUUGGGCAAGUGCCUGAUAACUGGAGGCAAACUGCAGGCAGCACAGGUGGUAUCCAUUUCCAAGGAUCCUCCAGCACUCGCUUCAGGCCAUCCACAGGUUCUUCAUCUUCUUCUUCAUCAUCAUCGUCUUUUUCUUCAUCUUCCUAUAGUAUUCCAUCCUACCCACAGUACCCACUUCCUCAACAGUCUCCCUUCCAACCACUACCUUACGACUCUAGUUUUGUGGAGGGACCAGUCAGGAGCUACGAGCCACCUUUUCAGCCUGUUGGUGGAGCAUAUGGGGGUGGAGGGAUUAGUACUGGACAGGUAUAUAAUGGAGGAGGGUAUGGAGGUGGUCUGGCCCCAGUACUCCCAGGCUCUCCCACUGAUUUUACUGACGAUAGCUAUCGUUACUACCAGUCUUAUGGCUACGUACCAAAUCCUGCGGUGCGUCCACGUGCUGCCCAAACACAGCAUGCAGAUGGUCUGGACCACAGAUACACCCACAGUCUCUACAACGAAGACUCAGCUCCUGCUGUCCCCGAUGUCAACCAGGCUGCUCCUGUGAUAGUGGACAGGACAGGAGCAGCUGGUCAACCACCAGUUAGGAGCCCUCAGUAUGAGCAGUUUCCUCCAUUUGGAAGGCCUCAACCUCCUUUCCUGCAACCCAUUCCUCCAGGCAGAAAUUCUCCAAACUCUGCUCUAGAGAACCCCAGUAUGAAUGUCGGGAGUGUCUACCGACCAGAACAGAGAGGUUUGCCUGACCUGGUUCCUGAUCCCAACUAUGUCCAGGCUUCCACAUAUAUCCAGAGGGCCCACAUGUAUUCUCUCCGCUGUGCUGCUGAGGAGAAAUGUCUGUCAAGCUCCGCCUAUGGCCCUGACGCCACAGACUAUGAUGUAAGGGUCCUGCUUCGAUUCCCACAGAGGGUGAAGAACAAGGGGACUGCCGACUUCAUGCCUAACAGGCCACGUCAUACCUGGGAGUGGCAUAGCUGUCAUCAGCACUACCACAGUAUGGAUGAGUUCAGCCAUUAUGAUUUACUGGAGGUCAGCACUGGCCGUAAAGUGGCAGAGGGACACAAGGCUAGUUUCUGUCUGGAGGACACCACCUGUGACUUUGGUCACCUGAAGCGCUAUGCCUGCACCGCUCACACUCAGGGUCUGAGCCCAGGCUGCUAUGACACAUACAAUGCUGACAUUGACUGCCAGUGGAUUGAUAUCACGGACAUCAAGCCUGGAAACUACAUCCUAAAGCUCCAGGUUAAUCCCAAGUUCUUGGUGCUGGAAUCAGACUUUACCAACAAUGUGGUCAGGUGUAAUAUACACUACACAGGACAGUUUGUUAAAACAACCAACUGCAAAAUAGCACAGUCUUGAUCAAGCACUGGAAGGCUGCCACAUUAGAGUGACCCUGAUCGCUAUUCCAUUGAAAUGUGAAUGGAAUCCAUUUGUUGUUGGUUCAUUGUUGAUGUUGUCUGUCUCUAAUAUUUUGUGCUGUCCUGGUAUGCUGGGAUCAAGGCUAACAAGGGUUCCACUAGCACUGAAAAGGGGGUUUAAAGUAGACACACACACAUAUUGUAUGCAUAAUGCAUAUUGUACGUUAAUAUCCCAGCAAUGAAUCAACAGUUUACAUUACUGUAAUUUUACAAUAUUGUCCUACCUACUCAUAUUGCAGCUCUACCAGUCUGGUUUGGUUAAUGUUAGGACACAUCAUUGACUUUCAAAAGAGGUGUUUACUGUAUCUGCACAUAAAAAAAUCUAUGCACACCUCCGGCAGAGUGGUUCUUUUUUAAUUAUAAAUAAACCGUGAAACGGUGCCGGUGCUGAAAUGAGUUGUUCCAGACAAGUCAGGGUUCAGCUGCAAUCCAACAAAUAAAAUUAGAGGACAAAGUUUUCCCAGGAGCAUUCAUCCAUGCAGUGUGGGGACAGACAGAGAUGCCCAGUGACUCAGAAGAACUAUGUGUUUUUCUGGAUUUUUUUCCCCUCAUCACUGCCUGUGAAGAGUGGGUCACGCUGGGAUACUGUGAUUCUCUGUGCACAUCCAUGUUGUGUUAACAGCAAAAGGAAGACAACAGGUCAUAUUUCCAUUUGUCAACUCCAUCAAAUUUAAGUCAACACAAAGACAGUCAGUACUGGCUGCUGUACUUCUCAAAACCUUUGCAUAUUCGUCUUGUGCCCCCAUUCCCAGUCCUUUCUUAUUUCAGUACAACAGGAACAGGAAGCUCAACUGGCAGAAAAUGGUGCUUUCCAGAAAACAAGACUCUCACAGUAUGUAAACUCUAUGUUUACACUGUGUUGGGUUCGCUUCUUCAACUACCAACACUGGUCAGAUGGCACAUAAGUCAUCUUUGUCACCUUUUGAAGAAUGUAUAUACAAAUAUUCCACUGAUGCAUGACUCUAAUUAUGGAGAUUAUUUUGUUGUAACUGAUUGUACUUUGUUUAUCCAGUUUGAUCUGUUACUGUAUUUUGUGAAAUUAUAUAUAUUUUAUAUAUAUAUAUAUAUAUUAUUGAUAAUCUGAAUUAUUCAAAUAGAAUGUGUUGUUGGAAAAAAAAAUGUUAUUGCUACAGACAGUAUUAUAAUGUGUCAGAAAGCUGUCUCUACCUACCUCUCCAAAUGAGUGAGCUGUUGUUUCCUUUUAGGUGUCCUCUUACCACUCUGUUGCAGCACAUAGCUGAAACCCCUUAAAUCCUUUGAACAUAUCAAAGGACACAAAAUGUGGAAUGCAAACAAUGGGUUAACGAGUUUAAGUCAUAAUCCUUAAGAUUUCUGUCUUGAUUGUUUAAUACUGCAUUACAGCAGCUACUUUGUCAGCAGCAGUGGAAGUGCAACUGGUGUAUCUGCAACAGUGCAACCAAACAAACUCACGUUUCAAUAAAUAAUUAAUUAAAACUAAAAAGAACCCAUGCUGAACAUGGAGCAAGGAGUUUUCCACACAACAGCAGUGCACAUGAACAGCAGUGGGUUACAAUGCUCAGAAGUUGGAGUUCUUCAGCAGCUUAUGGUGACCGGGCCUUCUUGUGUCAUUAAACCCAGUAAUAUUUAAAAAUGAUCUGCUGUCCAAAAUCUUGUUAUCUUGUUUUGUAGAUUCUUAAAAAUCUUAAUUAUACUAACCAAGGUGGCAAUAAUAUUGCAUAUCCUGUAACUGUUUUAUGAUAAAAGCCAUGUGACGUUUCACCAGUUGAACACUUAUUACACUAUUAAUACCAAAUAACAUAUUUGUGUAAUCAGUGUGAAUAGUACACCAGAAUGAUGAUAUCACUGAGAUAAAAUUACAAACUGUAACACUGACUUGCAUGCAUGCAUGCAUUGUUUAUUGAUUUGUGGUUAGGCAAUUUGAAUCCAUUGCAAGACUGGUGGAUCCUGCCAUGCAUUGUACUGUAAAUACACUGAAUGGUGAUUGCAGGAAGAAAUUCUGACAAUAAAAAAAAAUCUCCGUUUGAUUACAUGAAUAUCUUAAGGAUUAUAACUUAAAUUUUAGUGUUUUUUUUAUUUUUCUGUUUUCAUUUUGCAGUUUUCUUUUAGACAGAACGCUUUAAAUGCAGAAUAGGUCUUUGGCAUCCAAUUUAUAGGCCAUACAGUAGCACACAGGUCUUUCAUGUUUUACUGUAAAUAGUCAGUUCUUUGAUUUGAUCUGCAUUUUACUUUGGUAGCUCAUGAUAAUACUGUACACUCCUCGAUAAGAUUCAACAACAUUUUGACAUUCAGUGGAACACAAGAGGAGCACAAGAGUAGAUGACAGUUACAUACAGCAUCUUUGACAUGUGGUGAUGAAAUUUGUCUUUUUUUUUUAACAGUGAACACUUGUCAAAAUUGUCAUAUACAAUAAAUACAUUUACACAUUU